GCGUAUCUUGCCCAACUUGCAUGUUCUACCACCUACUACUAAAUGCUCCCAUAGGUCCAUUAGAACAUCCCAGCGUUGUCGCCUUUUGUUCUCUUGUGCAGCCCACAUUCUUCCCCACAUCUGCCUAGGCACCCGGGUUUCGCGUCUCUGCUAUCUCAACGGAGAAUUAGACAUCCCCAACUUAGACGUUCUCCCUCUGGUAUUUCGGGGAUCUCCCUGUUGCCAUUUCGUUGCUCAUCGUAUUCAAUGGCCAACGAAAAUGCCUACCCCUCCUUGCAGGAUGCUAAUCAAUUUUCCGGUCGUCGUCCGGGUCUUCGUCAUCCGCGUCCAGUUCGUUAUGCCUCGACACCUUCAUAUGAGAGUCCACGAAGGCAUUAUCGCCGAAACCCAAUAGCUAGACGCUCAGUCAAGGAAACUCUGAAUGCUCGAUCUGAAUAUACCACCAGCCAGGAUGAUGGUACCGCUGAACACAGAAUCAACCAAUAUGUGAUCAAACAAGAGAUUGGCAGGGGCUCUUUCGGAGCCGUGCAUCUUGCUACGGAUCAGUUUGGGAAUGAAUACGCUGUCAAGGAAUUCUCCAAGGCACGGCUAAGAAAACGCGCCCAAUCCCACCUGUUACGGAGACCUCGAGGUCCCAAGCGCCCGUCUGAUGGCUUCAAUUCCCCACUUCAUCGUCGUUCACUGGACGAUCCAGAUGAAAAGAGAAAUGCUCUUUACCUCAUUAAAGAAGAGAUAGCAAUCAUGAAGAAACUGCAUCAUCACAACCUAGUUUCUCUGAUUGAGGUCUUAGACGACCCGACGGAGGAUUCUCUAUACAUGGUUAUGGAGAUGUGUAAGAAAGGGGUGGUUAUGAAAGUUGGGCUUGAGGAAAGAGCCGACCCAUAUGAUGACGAACUCUGUCGCUGUUGGUUCCGCGACCUGGUCCUGGGAAUAGAAUAUCUGCACGCUCAGGGCAUUGUACAUCGCGAUAUAAAACCAGAUAAUUGCCUAAUAACGAGCGAUGACGUUCUCAAGGUAGUGGACUUCGGGGUAUCCGAGAUGUUCGAGAAAGAUUCCGAUAUGUUCACGGCCAAAUCGGCUGGCUCACCUGCUUUCCUCCCACCAGAGCUAUGUGUUGUCAAACACGGGGAUGUCUCGGGGAAAGCGGCCGACAUAUGGUCUAUGGGUGUUACGUUGUACUGUUUGCGGUACGGCAGAUUGCCCUUCGAGAAGCAGAGCAUCUUCGAGCUGUACGAGGCCAUUAAGACUGACCCAGUGGCAUGUGAGGGAGAAACCGAUGAAAACUUCAAGGACCUAAUGUCACGGAUUUUAGAGAAAGAUCCGACCAAAAGGAUCCAAAUGAGUGAAUUGCGAGAACACCCCUGGGUUACAAGGAAUGGAACGGACCCAUUAUUGCCGGAGAGCGAAAAUACUGCUGAAAUAAUUGGACUUCCUACUGAAGAGGAAAUGAAUUCAGCUAUCACAAAGACUAUUGGCCAUGUCCUAGCUGUGAUGAAAGCCGUGAAGAACUUCAAGAGGCUAAUUGACCCUGCCAAGGCAGACCCACCUAUGCAGAGUAUUCUUGGACAAGAGUAUGAGACGCACUUUGUCCAACCACCCCUUGAAAUGGAACCCGAAGAAAGUUUCGCAGCUGGGACUGUUUCAAAUUCCAACAAGAGCCAGAGCCUAAACACAUAUAAUAGAAAUGCAUGGCAACGUGAUGACGUUCUCAAAGGGUAUCAUCUGCAUUGUGAAGAACCACGCUUACAACAGCUCCUAGACAGCACAGACACCAGUAUCUCUGGAAAACAAGACCCUGUGUUGUACGAAAGCAGUAACCAGACUGCAAGCGUCAGGCUCGAGGGAAACGACUCAGGCCACAUACCUAGCAGCACAAUACCAGGAGCAUCUUUCGAUGACUCGCAGACCCUAACCACACCUAGAUCUUCAUCCCCUCAAGUUCCACUGUCGCGGGCAAGUUCGGUCCUUACCAAGCGCAGCAUCGAGGGAACACGAGGACAUGCCCGAGAUCCUUUGGAAGAAGAGUUUCCGUUCUUGUUCAUUGGUCCUUCUACUUAUACCGGCUCGCCGCCUACGGAUACUGGCGACUCCGAGAUGGACUACAUUUUUGACGAACCGGAUAGUAUGCUAUCUGCAGAACCUUCUGAAAUCGACCCGUGCCCUGUUGUGAGCGAGUCACCGGGUGCAGCAGAGUUUGAUAUCUAUGAAACCGCAUAUCGGCAGGAAAUUGAGCGUAUCGGGAUCCGCAGUCUUCCUCGUCAGGGUACUACGCCGAAGGUGUACCUCACUCGACGCGUGGAAGGGAAAGACGAAGUAAUGAAAUUAGUAGAAGAAAAAAUCCCUGGCACAGUCCCUGACUUUGGCAAAAGACUCGCCAAGCCAUCGGGUCCAAGUCUGAGUUCCGCCGUGAGUGCAAUAAGGGCUCAGCUAGAGCUGCAAAGGCAACAGAAAAGCCGAGACAUGGAGGAUAGAACUCAACAUCAAGAAUAGCUUCUGUUCAUUCAACUGUCUGCCUCACUAACUACAUCCAUAGCCUUUUUGCAUAUCGAUACUCUCAACAGACUUCGAGGCACCAAUUCUGGAGCAAGCUACAGCCGUGGACAGAUGUUUCACUAGUCCCCGGAAGGAUCGCCGAAAUUGAACUGUUCUCAAGGCUUUUCCUUGAGGGUACUUCAGAAAUAGGAGGAAGAAUCUCCACCCGAACUUUGUUUGUGAAGUUUACUCCCUUCUGAUAUUUGCAUACUGACAGCUAUGUAAUGACAAGCAUCUUCUGCUGUCCAAGAACGUAUGGCUAUGCUAUACAAUAUAGCUUAUAUAUAUACUUUAGAAGAGCAACAGCGCUUGUGCAUAUCAUGAUGUUGCACAACUUACGUACCAUCCGUA